AUGGCUUCUCAGGAGACUGGAGUUCAUUCAUGCUCUCCGCACUCUUCAAGCGGAGGUGCCGAUUCUUAUAAGCACGACGGCACGCCAGACACUCGCCUGACUGCUUUCUCCCCCGAAGGCAACUCGGUCAAAUCAAACAAGCCUCCUCCCGCUCCUCUGAACUUGAUCAACUCGGCCCCCAGAUCCAAAGCCUUCAACCACGAGAUCAUGCCCAGCCUUUGCCAGAGAAACGAGCACCAUGAUGACAAGGAUCCUUUUGUGAGCUCCGUGGUCGACUCCAAGGACCAGCCCAAGCUCUCAGCCACAGCCUCUGCUUUUCGUCCGCAUGUCGGCAAGGGACCCAUGACACUGCAAGAUGCUGCCGGACCGACGAUGGAGCCACAGCCCCCGGUGUCUCCAUACUUGAGCACAGAGUUGGACAUUUCCCGUUGUCUGCUUGUCUCGUCGCCUUCCAAGCGUCUUUCAGGGACCGACGUUGACACUUAUAUUGCGACGCUCAAUUGUCUCGGAUUGCCCCUGCAAGGUACAAGGCAAACCUUUCCAAAGGAGAACGGAGUGCUUCUCCGAUUGACAAACAUCCGUGAUGCGUUCACGGUUCACCAAAACGCCAGACUUGGUGGCUCGGAUUGGACAGCUAUCUUCGUCUCAAGCCCUAAACCUGCUACGGAUGCAUCUCUCGAGGCAAUCCUUCCUCCCACCGCACCAGAGGGUCAGCUCAGCCUGCUAGCUCGUGUGCAACAAGGCCAUAUGGACCCAGCCCAGGUUGAGGUGACUGUGCUCCGUGUUCUACAAGACGAGGGAGACUUGUUUGCCUUCCAGGUUCAUGCCAGUUUUCACAACGGCGCCUUGACGGCCACAAUCGAGUUUGCUGAUGUCAACGUGGCAUCUGACUUCUACGCCAGGUACAACUCGGUCACCAUUGAGGGGAUCCAGCUUGUCCUUACCUUCCACAAGAUCGCACGACCCCAACAGCAGCACGACCAGCCUGCUGGCCCAAACACCCCGGCAAACACGCCGCUCCGCUCCAGUGUCGAUGACAUUGGCUCGGCGUUCAGCAAUAUCUCGAUUGGUAUUUCACCUUCUAUGAAUGGCAAUGCUGCUGCCAUGGGUCCGCCAAGCCACCCUCAUAACCUUCCACUUCCGCCACAAUCUGGGCUUUACCCUGUCAUGUACCGCCCCUCUGCGGUGAAUGAAGUGUUCUACGACACAUUUCCUCACUCUCACACUCUGAGUAUCGCCCCGGAUAGCCUCUCCCUUCCCAGACCCUACUACCCUCCAACAAUGCCGGUUCGGGCUGUCAAUGCCCACGAUGAUCUUGCCACGCCCAGAUCGAUGCAUGCUCGACCUUACGGCAGGCGUCAGAAUGCUAUGCGAGUCACUCGAUCCACAUACUACAAUGCAGCAGGGCAUCACAACCAUGUUGAUGUCACGCGAAUUCGCGAAGGCAUCGAUGUCCGCACCACUAUAAUGCUUCGAAACAUUCCCAACAAGGUUGAUCAGGCCAUGCUGAAGCGUAUUGUGGACGAGUCGAGCUGGGGCAAGUACGACUUCAUGUAUCUUCGAAUCGACUUCGCAAAUGACUGCAAUGUUGGCUAUGCUUUUAUCAACUUUGUAGAUCCCCUGGACAUCAUUGACUUUGUCAAUGCGCGAGGCAAUCAGAGGUGGAAUUGCUUCAAGAGCGACAAAGUCGCAGAGAUCUCUUAUGCCACCAUCCAGGGCAAGGAUUGCCUGGUUCAGAAAUUCCGCAACAGUUCUGUCAUGCUCGAGGCUCCUCAUUAUCGUCCCAAGGUAGUCGCCCAUGGGCUCUACUUCACUUCGAAUGGCCCGAUGCCAGAUUUAGCUGGCCAGGAGGAGCCGUUCCCAGAACCCGACAACCAGUCGAAGAUGAAGCGAAGCUGUGAGAACGCAGAACACGUCGGACUCUUCACACCAAAUGCUGGUCAGCAUUUUCGCGAUGAACAGCGCCGUCGUCGAUCACAGUUUGACCGAGGUACAAGACUUGCUGCUCUUGAGGAGUACGACUACGAGCCCAACUUCAACCGCCUCUACUCUCUGCAGUGA